GUUGAGUGUCGAUUAUGCGAACGUCUAUAGUGAAUUUGGACAGCUAGUCACUCACCUGUCAGUGGAAUAAUAACUCGGAUUUCUACCCUUUGAUAUUUUUUUUUGACUUUCACUACUGAAGAUUCAAUUGGAAAUUUCAGCAAGGAGACUGCCUGUUUGAUUCUUUCCCACAUUUUCAAUCGAAGGAUCAUUCUACCAAAGGACGGCAAACAUCUUGAAGAUUUCUUUUUAGCCUGUGAGCACCUUGGUCUUUAUCAAAGCUUGCGAAAGAGCCACGGCCGCUCUCGACCCUGCUCCAAAUUUUGCCGUAAAACAUCCUCCGCUACUUUCAGUAGCCAAAAAACAAAUUUGCUGCUCCCAGAACUGUACUCUGAUUUCGACACAAUUCUAUAAUGCCCGGGUGGGACGAUGGGAACGACCAAACUCUGACUUACUCGUCGCAGAAAGGCCACGAUUAUAGCUCGGACUACCCAAAUACCAUUCUGAAAUCGGUCAAAGAACAGGAAGCCCAGUUUGCCCAGCUCACCAGAGAAUUUGAGGCUGACAAGUUAAUUGCGGCCAACCAGAUUAACCGUAGCAGAGUCGACUCGGACACUGCUACUCUGAAUAGUAUCAGCGAGACAAACGAUUCGUUCUCCUGGCGGCGCUCUGCCGGCCAGACGGAGUCUCACAUGGACGAAGGCAGUAGCUUCGUGGUGGACGUGCCUUCCACUAAUCUGCUUGAUUCUUGUUUAAGAGAAUUAGGAGAGAGGAACGUUGAAGAUCCCAACAUGGAAUCACUACAGUAUUCAGAUCCAUACGCCAGCCCAUACGGCAACACAACCAGAUCACUGUCACAUGACCCGUAUGGGGGCGGAGACUAUGCUCCUCACCCGUACGAUGCAGGAUCACAAGGCUAUGAAAGACAAUCGGAUUACGGAAGCCCGCAUCACUCCAACUACCAGGAAUACCCUCCGUCAGAGAGCGGGCAGGGGGGCUAUGGGUACGCAGACCCCCCUCCACCUUCUAAUGAUGAUUAUAAUGGCUACAGCAGUGACACCAAACCAAGGGAUAGUUUUAGAGAGGUGGACCCGAGGGUGGUGGAGAUGGAAGAUCCCUACGGUACCAGGGAUAGAUUUGAUGGUGCUGGUGAUGAUGUGCCCUACCGUGCUCCCUCCCCCAUCGGACCGGAUCCUUACAGCUCACUGCCAAAGACAGAGGAACCCUACCAGUCAUCAUCAGGAUACAGGGAGUACGCCCACACCCCUCCACCAGCAGUCAUCUCCCCAAUCCAACCCACCCCUCCCUCGGGGGUCGAUGACUACGGUAACCCCUGGGACGAUUACCCCUUGACCUCUGACCCCGAGGUCGCCCCAAGCGAUGCCGGCCAGGAAGCCUCGGGGGUCAACCCCCGCGAUAACUACGACCAUCCCCGUCCUGCGACCAGCCCGGGCCCAAAAGAGGACCCGUACGUGUCGUCACGGCAGCCUUACGAUGAUUAUGACACCGACAACAGAGGUCACGACCCUGACCUUAACGACAGGUCGCCGGCCGGUACACUCGAUAGGACGCCCUCACAUGAUCCGUUCAUACCCCCAGAAAAAGUUCUUGUAGCUGAAUUUGUGGAAAACCAACAGAGUGAAUUUGAGCCUGACAGCCAAGGUGAUGGCAAAUGGAGGGCCCCUGACCUACAGGAAGUGAUUGAUUACCUGGGUCAUCCUAACCAGUCCAUUGUGGCACACGCAGCAGGCUACAUACAGCAUCUCUCCUACCAGAACGAUGACAUCAAAAGAAAGACAAGGGAAAUGGGUGGUAUCCAACCUUUGGUCGGGUUGCUUGGCAACCCCGUACCCGAGAUCCACCGCACAGCGUGUGGCUCGUUGAGGAACCUUAGCUACGGGAAAAAACACGAAGAGAACAAAGUCAAGAUCAAAGCUAACGGUGGGAUACCGGCCCUUGCCAGGCUGCUAAGAACGUCUUCAGAUACAGAGACCAAAGAUCUUGCUGCAGGAACGUUAUGGAAUCUAAGCUCUUCUGAGCCUUUGAAGAAGACUAUCUUGGAGGAUGCCCUGAGUGUCCUGGUGAACAAUGUAUUAAUCCCAGAGUCUGGAUGGAAGCCUAGCGGCAACAGUCCUUUCAAGCCCGCCGACGAGCCGUGGACUAAAACUUUCAUCAAUGCCACGGGCUGUUUGAGGAAUGUGAGUUCAGGUGGGAUUGAAGCCAGGCAUCGGAUGAGAGAGUGUGAGGGUCUGGUAGACAGUCUACUCCACGUACUCAGCUCGUCAAUGAGGAACAAUGACAUGGAUAAUCAAGUUGUGGAGAACACCCUCUGUAUCCUGAGGAACCUGACGUUUCGUAUAGCGAACGAGGCCAACCACCCGGACGCCAUCCCCCUACGCAGCAACACAUCGUCCAAUUUCCCCGACACCAUGCCCAAAUCACAACAGAAGAAGAGUCCACAGAGCGGUUCGUUGAUCUGUUUUGGUGGGAGUAAGAAGAAAGACGCCCAGCUAGCUUCGAAUGGAACGGCAGGCAAAACUGGCACCUGGAACCCGUCCCAGCCGAUCCCUAACCUGAAGAAGGACGUCAAAGGUAUGGAGAAGCUCUGGCAACCAAGUAUCAUCAACCCGUAUCUCAUUGUACUAUCGGAGUGCUCUAGACCGGCCUCCUUGGAAGCAGCCGCUGGAACGAUACAGAAUGUGACAGCCGGAGAAUGGCAGUGGGCAAUGUAUAUCCGCGCUGAGAUGAGGAAAGAGAAAGGUCUACCUAUCCUUGUUGAGCUUCUGAGGAUGAAGAAUGACCGUGUGAUGAUCGCCGUUGCCAAGGCCCUCCGCAACCUCGCUAUGGAUCCAAGGAAUAAAGAUCUCAUUGGCAAGUAUGGUAUGCAGGAUCUUGUAGAACGUCUCCCAAGCUCCACCAGCAGUAGACGAUCGGCCAAAGACAUUUCUAAUGAAGGCGUCGUCGCUGUCCUGAACACGAUGACGGAACUGGUUACGAAGAACCAAGAAAAUGCAAAAUCCUUGCGGGGUGCAUCGGGUAUUGAGCGUCUGGUCUCUCUCACCAAAACCAACGGUGCUUACCCAGCGUCAGUCAUCAAGGCUGCUUACCAGGUGCUACAUGCCAUGUGGGCUUAUAAGGACAUGCGUCCUCAGUACAAGAAGGACGGAUGGGAAGAGAAGUUCUUCCACGCCUCCAGCACCUUCACGACGCUCCCCAGGAAAACGACAGUUGAUGGGUCCCUGCCGCCGACGGCCAGCGAGAGCAAGAGCGAACCGACGAGCAGGACAAACACGGUCCAGAGGCAUACUAGUAAAACCAACAGUUACGACAUCAGCCAGCCCACGAGACCCGCCCCAGAGCUAAGCGACGCCCAUCGCGAUGAGGCUCCUCCCGCUUUUGACGACCCAUACCCAAUGAAUACAGAGAAUCAACCCAUGUAUGACGAACGAUCCGUUGAUAGGGACUUUGCUGCAGAGGAUGAUUUGAUGCAGCGCCUAGAACCCUAUGCUAGAGAAAGCAUAUCCACAUACAAUAGUCAAGACCGAUUAGCUGAUAACAUGAUACCGGGAGAGGAGAUUCCCAUGCAGCCGCUCUCCUCAGAUUACGCUGAUAAUCCUUACGCCAGCACGGGCCGGAAAUCCGCACCUAUCGGAGGAGUGUCUGUCUAUGGAAGGGCCCCAGAACCGCAAGUGGAGCAUUCAAACUAUGCCUCGGUGAACCAGUCGAUGAGCCAUGACUCCUACGACCGCAGCAAAGACUACGGUGAUUACAGUACUGCUCAGCACGUUCAGCUCCAGGCCCAGGACGAACCGGCAGGUGACUCAUGGGUGUAAGACCGCACCCCUCCACCGACCACGCCCCCCUUUUUUGUUUACCCCAUCAAGGAUUGGCACUUUCUACUUUAAUAGCAGACCUAUAUUGAGAUGUUGAUGUCAGAUUAAGAAUAGUGUAUAGAUCGGAUUACUGCUUAACAUCCCAAGCCCAAGAUAAACAGACAGGGGACUAAUGGGUGUAAAAGUACACCCCUCCAUUGACCACGCCCUUUCUAUAUCCCAAGAUGGAUUGGUAUUUUCUACUCUGGCGUAUUUCAGUCAGCUGUGGUCCAUGACCGAUGAACAAUUUGGAAAGCAAGGAAGUUGAAUUUCAUCGAGCUGAAUAUAACUAUGAAUGUAGGAUUUAUUAAACAUGUACUUGAAGUACAGUGAAACCUGUUUACAGUGACCAUCCGAGGGGAACACAAAAUCUUGCCUUUAUAGCCAGAUGGCUGCUAUAGACAGGUUCUUAUACACACAAUCUAUCUCCAUGGGAAUCGGUUUUAAUGGUCACUAUAGGUAGGUGGCUGCUAUAGACAGGUUCUUAUAUAGAAAAUUUGCCUCCAUGGGAAUCGGUGUUAUUGGUCACAAUAGCCAGAUGGCUGCUAUAGACAGGUUCUUAUACACACAAUCUGUCUCCAUGGGAAUCAGUUUUAGUGGUCACUAUAGGCAGGUGGCUGCUAUAGACAGGUUCUUAUACACGCAAUCUGUCUCCAUGGGAAUUGGUUUUAGUGGUCACUAUAGGUAGAUUGCUGCUAUAGACAGGUUCUUACACACACAAUCUGCCUCCAUGGGAAUCGGUUUUAGUGGUCACUAUAGGCAGGUGGCUGCUAACACAAGUUUGACUGUACAUGUACUUACAAAGUUGUAUGCUUAAAUGACCCGUAUUCAGUUUAUCAUUUGUGUAGAGUUUGAAAUUUUGAGGAAAAUAAUUUGACGAUUGACAGUUUUCUGUACACUAAUACAUGUAUAUCAAGGUGGACAUUUCUUCCUGCCAUGAAUGUAUAUAAUGUAUUCAGGAGUGGUUCCCGGAACUGCUCAUAAUAGGAAUAAAUUUUGACAGCAAAUAUAAUUACAUCAGAUUUGAAAAUUCAGAAUGGGAAUUACUGUCACUGCUCAUCAAAUUAUGACCGUGUUUUCCCAGUCUGUAAGCACUGACUCGAAUAUAACACUUUAACCAAUUAUGCAUGUACAAUUCACUUCUUGUCCUAUGCUGAAAUACAUGUAUAAUAUUGUAUUCAAUUCAUAAUAAAUAGCCCAUUGUGGUCUAGUGGUUCGGACUCUCGCCUUUGAAACAGAGGGUCAUGGGUUCAAAUCCCAGCCAUGGCGUGUUUUCCUUCAGCAAGAAAUUUAUCCACACUGUGCUGCACUCGACCCAGGUGAGGUGAAUGGGUACCCGGCAGGAGUAAUUCCUUGCAUGCACUGAGCGCCGGUGAUGGUAGCUCGAGCUAAAGCCGGGGUAAUAGUAGCAGCGCUUUGUAUCCUCAGGCAAAAGCACUUUAUAAAUCCAGCUAUUAUUAUUAUUAUUAUAUGGAUGGGUAUUAUAUAACUGCUGCUAUGUAGGUUCUUAUCCAAUUCUGAGGAGUCUAUUAAGUUCCGCUGUGCAUGUAUUUUAAGGAAUUCCAUUUUCCAAAGCCCCUUCAAUCUUUCAAAGUUCGAGUUUAGCAAAAAACAAUCACUAAUAUUACUUUGAAUUUUUGAAUGACCGUCGUUCAAAUCAUGGCCUGGUUAUAUCUACGUGUAUAUUAAUGAUCCAUAAGGUUUAUAUAGUCUAGUAUGGUGCACAUGCUUGUCAACGUAUAGAGCUGUUUUAGUUCUCCUAUGAUCAAUGCUUCCAGCACUUGAAAGUAUUUUAAAAAAAGAAGAUGUCUCGAGGCCAAUGCUAAAUGAUAUCUUACUUCUUUUGUUAGGUCAUAGGCAUUCACUGUCUUCAACUUUUUUUCAGUAAUGUGUGGAUUUUACAUAUGUAUUUUUGCUUCUUUUGGGAGUAAAUGCCCCUUUCCACCAUGCAAUCAUGAUUGUUUUCAUUUUUUGGUUUUCGCACGUUAUAGAGAUCGAUAUGUAAUAAUCUACAAGCUAAAUCAUGCUCAUCACUUUGCUCGUUAAAAAAAAUGGAUAUGCCAAAUUGCCCCAUCAAGGGACUUGCACUCUUUGUUAA